GUUCUGUCACAUGAUGACACUGCCUUACUUAAAGCCAGAAAAAAGACAUACUGAAUGGCAUUUAGUAGAAAGAUAGGUGUGUAGCACAGCUCUGGGGAUUUUGUCUCUCCUUUUCACACAGAGUCGCUUCAGCGAGAUGCAGCCACUGAAGCAGUUGGUGUUUGGUGCUCUUUUAGUUUUAACUUUGUUGGUAAUAGAAAGUUCCUCGAAAGCGCACAAACGAUUCAGUGAUGUCUCUCCAAGAGGAGAUUCUUAUAAUACAAGAAAUUACGGGCGCCCGUUUCAUGGAGGCAAUAACAGAAGAUAUCAUGCAAGGCUACAAGACUGGUCUCCAGAUACCAACAACUGGAUUGAGAAAAUGUAUCCUGUAUGGAAAGCACGUGAUGCCAGAUGGAAAACCUGUUGGAAAGGUGGUAGGGUGAUGGUACACUUAACCAGUGACAGCCCAGCACUCGUGGGAUCAAAUAUAACCUUUGUUGCAAGCCUCCAGUUUCCCAGAUGUCAGAAGGAAGAUGAGAAUGGAAACAUAGUCUAUAAUGGAGCCUGCUCUGGUGACUCAGGACAAUCAGGAAAUGUGUACAACUCUACAUCCUGGACUGAAGAUGACAAUGAAGAUUACGAUCGUGGAGACAUAACAUGUAACAGUUUUCCUGAUGGAAGGCCUUUCCCUCAUCACAGCGACCACAGACAUAGGCAGUUUGUCUACAUAUUUUUCACAAAUGGUCAGUACUACCAAAAGUCAGGAAGAUCAUUUACUACUAUUACAAUGAACACAACAAACAUGACCCUUGGUAAUCAGGAAAUGGAUGUGGUAGUUUAUCACAGAAGAGGAAAAAAAUGUGUCCCGAUAGCAAAUGCGAGUACAUUGUAUACAAUUACAGAUCAGAUUCCAUUUACUGUAAACAUAUCCCAGAAGAAUAAUCGUAAUGCUUCACAACAUCGCUUCAUCAGGGAUAUGCCGAUCUUAUUUGCUGUCCACCUCCAUGAUCCCAGUAAUUACUUGAAGGAUGCAAACAUUUCUUACAGAUGGAAUUUUUCAGAUGGUACUGGCUUGUUUGUCUCUGGCAGUUCUCUUGCUAAUCACACUUACACAGAACUUGGGAAUUUCAGUGCUAUGCUUACAAUAGAAGCUGUCCUGCCCAUCCCUGCACCUUGUGGGCCUGUCACACCUACACCACCCAUCACUACAGAAAAGACCACAAUACUUCCUACCACCAGAAUCCCUGCCACUACGAAUACUUCAGUUACUACUAAGGCUGGAUCUUCAAGUGAAGAAUCAAGUAGAGAAUCUUCUGAAUCUGGAGAAGGUGACCUUGAGGAAAAGGAGGCCCCUGCUGAAUGUCUGCUGCACCGAUAUGGAUACUUUAAUACAGUCCUUACUGUCGUAGAUGGAAUAUUGGACAUAGAUGUUCUCCCAAUGACUCGCAUCGGAGGAGUUACAAGUGCCCAAUCUGAUUCUGUGGUAGAGUUUGUUGUUACCUGUGAAGGCAGUAUUCCUACUGAAGUGUGCACAGUUAUUUUGGACUCUAGCUGUAAGGAGCUUCAGAGUGAAGCCUGUGACAGUAUUCCAGUUAUGGAUCAGUGCCGAGUGACAGUACAGAGAACAUUUGACCAACCUGGUAUUUACUGUGUGAAUGUAUCCCUUUUGGAUGAGGCUAGCCUGGCGUUGACAAGUACAAUGGUUUCUGUUGGAGAAGGUACACCCCGUGCUGCAACACUUGAGAUUGUCCUGAUUUUUGGAGCUUUCCUUCUGCUGCUCGUCUUCCUAGGAGUAUUAUUUCUACAGAGGCGUUUCAAGACAUACACUCCAGUUGAUGGAAAUGUCCAGAGAAGUGAACGGUUUAAUGAAGGAACAAAUGUCUACUUCAAUCGUGUGAAAGCUUCACUUUUUUCAAGAACUGAAGAAAAGAACCCUCUACUAAAGGAUAAAGCUGGAGUUAUUUAAUUCCACUGUAUACAGCAUACUCUGGUGUCUUCAUAACAGCAGGAUAGUAUACUAACAAGUGUAAGCAGCAUACCUAGUACUAGAUUGCUUCCUCUAGAGUGCAUUUUAAUAUUAACUUUAAAGUAAAAAUACGCUGCUUUUUGUACAAAUUAUAAACAUACUGGUAAACCAAAUGUUUGCAAAAUACACAACUAGUUUGUAGUGUUAUCUUUUUUAUGGGUUUCAUUGGUUGCAAGUAAUUACUGUAUCCCUACGUUCAAGGUAAACGGUGACUGAAUUUAAUGCCAGUAGGAAUAAGAUAGGCAGAUUUUCUGCCUAUGUUGGCAAGGGCAUGAGAUCCUCCAGGUCUGUAAGCUCUUUAUCAAAUGAGAAGGAGGAGGGGGUACUAAAACAGCAAACCAUUUCAGAAACGUGGGAGUGGUUAUACACUGACUUGAACUCUCCUGCCUACCAUUGCACAGUACAUACAUAAGGUGCAGUAAGACAGAAAAAAGCCAGGUUUUCUGCCGCCCACAUUUGCAGUCAGCUGCCGGGUUUCAGUUCAGAAUGUAACAUUUAAGAAUUUGGAAUCUUGUAAGCAUUUGGCAAAAUCCCAUUUAACUAUGCACUUUAUAUUUGUACUGUUUGCUGUUAGUAGUUUGUUAGUAACCCUGGCUGAGCCUGCAGUUCAUCAGUCUUGAGCAGUGCUCUUCCUAAGUAAACAAAAUUAAAUUAAAAUAAAUAGUUUAAUUAGCAUGGAGUGUAAUAUAAUGUGCCUAACUUUAGUUAAUUUUAUUGCUGUGUUGUCACAUGGUCGGUCAUUCUUAUAGUUUCACUGAAAUUCUCAGUUGGAGGUUGCACAGGAGAGGGGUGAGUAAGGACUGGCAUUUACCAGCAUCAGUAGGGACUGCUCUGUAGUAUUUGUAUAAAUGGACAGUCUGCUUGUACAGAGGCAUAAAACCCUGACUAUGGCCUAGAUGUCCUUGGUUGAGUUAGCAGACUAGGUGCUGAAAGAGCUGGAAAAGGGAUCAGAAUGGCAAGGUAAUGCCCACUCAUCUUUCUGUGAGACACUCAUGCCUCAGCACAGACUACACUGGCACUCAAAGUAGAGAAAGGUAGGGAUUACAUAAAGGUGCUUGCUUUUAAAGGAGGUAGGGCCUUCCAGAGGGAUUAUGUUACUCUUAAAUGUGGAUCACAUGCUGUUGUAGGUUCAUUGCAUACUGAAUCCUUCAGUACAUACAAGCUUGAGCAGUGGGAUGGUGGCCACAUAAUGUUACAUCCCUGAUGGUUGUCUAGAUAACACUCAUGUUAAAUUUGGCUGCCAUCUAUUUAAGGAACAAAUGGGUGAAAAUGCAAUGAUUCACCAGAUGGUUGGCAGUUGGAGGAUAAAAACAGUCAGUCCUAUCAGUUUGUUCUAUUUAGUCACUUGGAAAAAUUAUCCUGCCAUGGGGGCUUUUGAACAGAUCAUUGGACAGAUGACCUGUGGAGAAAAGGUGUACUUCUUGGCUAAAAAAUCAUAAAACAUUGCUUGUAUAACUAUGAGAAGACUGAAAGUUUUUAUUUAGUCAAUGUAAAAAAAUGAAAAAAAGAGGCUUCACUUAUCUCCAGCCUGUUAAGUGUAGACGUGAGGAGGCAGGAGCAUACCUUUAAUCAUUGCUUCUUAUAACCAAGUAUAAUAAUCUGAAAAGGGCAUAUCCUGUCAGAGUACACUCAUCUUAACAGGAGACUUCCAUGGGUGUUUCUAAAUCUAAUUGCUGAAGCCCUGGUAUGGAUACAUACUGAAAACUAAGCCAGCAAGAUGACAUCUACAAGCUGACAUGAUUUGCUAAACAUGUACAAUGAAAUGGACAAUUUAUGAUGUACAGGACUAGAGAAAUCAUGGAGUGUUUGCAACAGGUUAUAAAAAAAAUGCAUGUUCUUUUAACACAAAAAUAGAGUGGUACUGUCAUUUAGAGAGUAGUAUAGCCAAUAAGCAAGUGUUAGUAAAAAAAUAAUUAUAUAUAUAUAUAUAUAUAUAUAUAUAUAUAUAUAUAUAUAUAUAUAUAUAUAUAUAUAUAUAUAUAUAUAUAAACAUGGUACAUAAUGUAAAGACAAAGUUAUGAAUGUUAGCAAUAUUUUCAUACUUGCAUCAGUAUCAAAGUCGUGUGACCUACAGGUGAACAAAUUGUGCCAUUGUAUGUAAAGCAUUAAGACACACAACUUUGAAAUUAUUACUUGCCAUAUAACAGCUUCAGUUUUGUAGAUUAAUAUUGCUUUUAAAUGUUGUUGAUAAUGUAUGUGGUGCAAUACCUGAAAGCAAACAGUUCUACCUGCCCUUAUCAUGCAUCACUUUAACAAACAAACAAUUCAUCCACUGAUACCCUGAGUCUAUCUUGAUAUAACCCUUUUUUUAACCAUAACACUAGAAAUUUUGGAAGAUAAAAAUGCCAUUUUUGUAACACUGCAGUAUAAAAUCUGCAGCAUCAGACAGGUAUUUGAUACUAAUAGCAGUUGUGUAGCCUACUGUCUAACAAAGAGCCUUCAUGUUUUACAUUUUAUACAGUUCUCAUUGGUUGAGAUAUUGCUGAUUAUAGAGGAUUUUUGGAGAAAAGCUCUCCGUAAGAAAAUGAUUUCUUGACUUGGAAGACUACAGGACGCAAAUGGAUGAAUUAGCUUCCUGUUGCUGAGGACUGAGCAAGUUAAACUAAGCUGAUGACUUUUUCCUCUUGACUGCAGGUAGUUGUUCUGGUACAUUCUGGCACAGGCUAUUUGGGUUUCAAGAAAAUGAGCACUUAGUAUGUCAGACAUUCACCAAGGAAAUGUGUUUUUAGUCUUGUGCUUAUGCCAUUUCCCUACCAAUUUUGCUGAUUGGGAAAAAGAUUAGAAUGAUAAAUUGCAAAAGAACAAUAGGAGGAAACUUGUAAGAUCCCUAGGUAUGCUACAAAGUCCAGAAGAUUUACAAUAUUUGCAUGAAAGUUUCCAUAUAGGUAUGUAUACUUCAAGUAGACUUUGGAGGAUUUGUUGUCAAAGUGGAGAAUAGUUGUCAGAGAUGUGAAAGGAAGGAAAGAAGACAUUAGAAAUACAUUUUCUGUGAAUGUGUGGAGUUAAAUGGGUUUAAAGACUCCUUGAAAAAUGUCCUGACACAAUUGUUGGGGGCACACAUAUAUUAACCAAGGAGACAAUGCUAUUGAAUUGAAGUCUAGUUUUAGAAAUGCCAAAGCACAGUAGUGUAUUAAGUUUAAUAUUAUUAGCAGCCAAAAAACAAUCACACAAAAGUGGAAAUCAAAAAUUAAACCAUCAGUAAUGAAGUACUGAAUACACUAAAGGAAAUGAAUGUUUUAGAGAUGGAAUCAUUACAAGAUCACAAAAGUAAAUGUCAUAAAAAUAAAUGAUGCAAUUGAGAAAUUAUACACAAAAUAAUGCUCAAGUAGUUGACUUAAGUAAAUAGGUCAGUAGCAACGGUAAAGUAUAUGAGUAUGUUGUAAUGUAUUUAAAUAAAAACAGAAUUAUGAUGGAGCUUGUAUGUAUAAUGCACGAACAUGAUAAUGGAAAAUGUUACUGAGAUUUUUUCCUCUUUUCAUUGUAACCACGGGAUGAAUAAAUAAAGUUAUUUACAAAAAUA